AUGAAAGUUACAAGCUCUCUUUUGAGCUCUGCGUCAAAAACGCUCGAUAAAUACUCACUUUUCGUGCCUAAGUCCGGUGUCUUUCCAAAAGGUUAUGAGGUCGCUUCUUUGGCUUCUGGUGUCAAAAAAAACGGUGCUUUGGAUCUAGGUAUUAUCCGCAACGUUAACAAAUCUCGCAAAUCAUCUGCUGCUGCUGCUUUCACCACUAAUCGUUUCAAAGCGGCGCCGGUACAGUUUUCCAAAAAAGUUCUUGAUACGAGCUCUGGAGAGGGCAUUGACGCUAUUGUUGUCAACUCGGGAUGCGCCAAUGCUGUGACAGGCGAUUUGGGUAUGCAGGACGCAGAAAAUGUGGCCUCACAGGUCAACAAGCAUAUCGGUGAGAAAAAUAGCACGCUGCUCAUGUCUACUGGUGUAAUUGGCCAAAGACUUCAAAUGAACAAAAUCUCUAGCGGUAUUGAUAAACUUUUCAUCGAAAACAAGUUCUCGUCCGACUUCGACUCGUGGCUAAAUCUUGCUAAGUCAAUCUGCACCACCGAUACCUUCCCCAAAUUGAUCUCGUCUAAAUUCACUCUUUCCGAUGGAACUGAAUACACGCUCGUGGGUACUUCCAAGGGAGCGGGAAUGAUCUGCCCUAAUAUGGCCACUCUUCUCGGUUUCAUUGUGACUGAUCUACCCAUUAAGCCUAGCGCCCUGCAAAGUAUGCUAACCGGUGCCGUAACCCGUUCCUUCAACUGUAUCUCCGUUGACGGCGACAUGAGUACCAAUGAUACUAUCUGCAUGCUGGCCAACGGUGCUAUCGAUACCCCUGUCAUCGACGAAUCAUCUUCCGAUUUCCAGAAGGUCAGCUCCCAGGUUACUGAAUUUGCCAAAAACCUAGCUCAACUAGUUGUUCGCGACGGUGAGGGUGCCACGAAAUUUGUUACCGUUAACGUCAAAAACAGUGCCGACUUCAAGGACGCCAGAAUCAUUGCAGAGACAAUUUCAAACAGUAUGUUGGUGAAGAGUGCUCUCUAUGGCCAAGACGCCAACUGGGGUCGUAUUUUGUGCGCUAUUGGCUACUCUAAGCUUGAAAACUGUAAAUCUCUAGACGAGUCCAAAAUUAACGUCAGUUUCAUUGCCACUGAUGGUUCGUUUCCCCGUGAACUCAAGCUCAUCGCCAACGGUGUUCCUCAGCUCGAUAUUGACGAGUCGAGGGCCUCGGAAAUAUUGGCUCUAUCUGACCUCGAGGUCCUAGUUGAUCUUGGUACCGGUACUGAAGAGUGUCAGUUCUGGACUUGUGACCUCAGUCACGAAUAUGUUACAAUCAACGGUGACUACCGUUCUUGA